AUGGGCAAAGGAACAGACAAGCUCUACAUCACCCAUUCUGAGUGGUCAUCCGGCGAUGCAUAUAGCGCCAGUGUCGGUGCCAACGCCGGCGAACGUGCGCGGCGCGCAGCAGGCGGUGCGGCGCUUGCCAGCUUCUCGCGGCUCCCUUUCAACUACUGCGCCGCGUCUCUGCAGCCCUUCAAGAAUCCCGUAUGCACCGCCGACGGGACAAUUUUCGACGUCGAAGUCAUUGGUGCAUGGCUCGCGAAGCACAAUACAAACCCAGUCAACGGCAAGCCGCUGGCAGCGAAGGAGCUGAUCAAACUCAACUUCGCGCGCAGCCCAGACAACCCCGACACCUACUGCGACCCGGUGACGUUCAAGCCGUUCACGAACAACACGCACAUUGUCGCGAUCCGCCACGGAACGUACGCGAAUGUCUUUGCGUGGGAGACUAUCGAGCGGAUGAACAUCAAGGCCAAGAUGUGGCGCGACCUGGUUGACGACGCGGAGUUUGGACGCAAGGACAUUAUCACCCUGCAGGACCCUCAAAACGCUGCUGCGCGCGACCUUUCCCAAUUCAAACACCUCCAGGAAGGAGGUGAGGGUGCUCUGCCGACCAAGGAGCUCGAAGCGCAGCGCGCAGAGGGCAACAUUAAUAUCGAUGCACUGGGCCGGCUAGGCGACAAGGUUCUGCGCGCGAAGGAAGCCGUCGCGCGGGCGCGGCAGGCCCGAGAAGCGACCGGCGACGUGAACCACGUUACCAAGGCAUUGACAGCCUCAUCCAAAUCCUCCUCCGCAACACCAACCCCUCGCAUCGGAACUCCCUCCCAAGCAACCUCCACAAAACCCAAACCUCCCCCUAACGCUGCGCGUUAUACAACUGGCCGGGCCGCCGCCUCACUAACCUCGACCUCCCUAACCCCCUCAACCUCCUCCCAUGAACUCGCCCUUCUCACCGACGAAGAAUAUAUGCUCAAGCCCAAGCGCGUCAAACACAAAGGCUACGUCCGUAUCGACACAACCUGCGGCCCCUUAACCAUCGAACUACACACCGAGACCGCGCCCCAAGCAGUCUGGAACUUCAUCCGCCUCUCGCAACGCGGCUAUUACCGGGGCGUACUCUUCCACCGCAACAUCGCCAACUUCAUGAUCCAGGGCGGCGACCCGACGGGCACCGGCAAGGGUGGACAGUCUAUUUGGGGAAAAAACUUCCCCGACGAGGUGGACGGGCCGAACUCGCUGCACGACGGGCGCGGCGUGGUGAGCAUGGCGAAUAAGGGGAAGGAUACGAACGGAUCGCAGUUCUUCAUUACCUACCGGGCCGCGAAACAUCUGGAUCGAAAACACACCGUGUUUGGGAGGGUCGUGCUAGAGGAUGAGCACGGCAAGCGGACAGCGAGUGCAGACACACUAGACACCAUGGAGAAGUGGCCGACGGACGGAAGGACGAAUCGGCCAAUCAAGGAGAUUGUGAUGCGGGAUGUAGUCGUGCUGAUUGAUCCGUUUGAGGAGUUUAUGAAGGAGAGGAAGGAGCAGGAAGAUAAGGAGGAGGGGGAGAAGAAGAAAAAACUGGAGAAUAAAGAGGAUGAUGUAACGACGUGGACGGGGAAGCGUGUGCGGAGCAGGUAUGACCCUAACCAUGGGAAUGGGGAUGCUGGGAGUGGAGGGGGCGGGGGAGGGGUUGAGGUUGGCAAGUACCUCAAGAAUAUACAACAGCGGCAGCAAGAUGAGGGAGGCGGGGGUGAGGUUGAUACGUGGGAGGAGCCGGUGAGGAAAAAAACCAAGAUCAUUUCGGGUGGGUUUGGGAACUUUGAUAACUGGUAA